AAAAAUUUUAAACAUCGCAUAGGUUUACUAUUUCACAAUAAACUCAAUGGAGCAGUAAGGAUGGACGACUCAAAAGACCAUGGUGGUAGCGUAUUUUCUGUGCGCUUUGUCAUAGCAGAUUUUUAUAUGGAAAAGCCAAUUUCUGGCUACGAUCCGUGCUAUUCCGAGUUUCGCGGGCGAGAAAUUAAGAGGGUUCCCAUAAUUAGAAUAUUUGGUUCUAAUGCAGAUGGUAGGAAAACGUGCAUGCAUGUGCACGGCGUCUUUCCAUAUUUUUACAUACCCUACGAGGCAAAAGAAUUCGAAUCACUGAAUAAAGCAAUCUACCAAAUUAGCAGCAGUGUAGAUAAGGCUAUCAACAUUUCUUUGGGACAAGCAAGCUCGAAUGUGCAACAUGUCUUCAAAGUGCAAUUGGUGAAGGGCAUCCCUUUCUAUGGAUAUCAUCGUGCAGAACAUCAAUUUUUGAAAAUUUAUAUGUUCAAUCCACGAUUCGUAAGGCGCGCAUCGAAUUUGUUACAAAGUGGCGCCGUAAUGAAUAAGAACUUUCAGCCUUACGAAUGCCAUGUUCCGUAUAUAUUACAAUUUAUGAUCGAUUACAAUUUGUAUGGCAUGAGUUUUGUAUAUUUACCUUUAGAUGUCGUAAAAUUUCGUCAAGCCAAUGAAAGUCCUGUUGUUGAGGCUAGCGUUACCAACGAAAAAGAAGAAUAUAUUUCAAACCAAACGAUUGCUAAAAAACAAACAACUUGCGAACUUGAGGUGGAUAUAGGCUCAAACUUUAUAUUAAACCGUUUCCAGCUGGCAAUGCGCGGUAAUAACACUGCAACUCAUUCGAAUCCAGGUAUCGAGGCUAUUUGGAAUGAUGAGCGUUUGCGGCGACAGAAAAUGGCCCAAAGACCAGAUGUGGAAAAGGUGCCUGAUUUAGAACUGCCGGCCACUCAAGAGCGGAGUAAUGUGCAGUCAACGGAGAGUGAAAUAUUUCAUAGAACAGUGUUGCAAAGUAAAUUGCUGGCUAUAGAAUUAUCAUCAAAUGGUAGUGGCAGUCAAGUUGAUCAAUCCUUAAAUUUUACACUACAAACAAGCUCUGCUAAUUUCACCCUGGAAAAUACAGCUGAAAAAGACCAGAGUCACACAUUCAAUCUUCGAAAAAUAAUUGGUAAUGCAGUUUAUCCGGAAGAGUGCUCACCAGAUGAAAACAUUGUUGACGCUUCCUUUAUUGAGAACCACCUGUCACAAAAUGAUUUUCUUCGUAGUAGUUCUUUAGUGCUUUCUACAAACACUCCACAAGAAAAGAACAUAACUAAUGAUCGAGGCGAUAGUAUAUUUUUAGAUGAAACCAUCCUGGAUGAAGAACUUUUAUUGAGUUCAAAAACGAAAUCACCAAAUAAAAUAAAUGCCAGUCUUUGCGCGGAAGACGAGGAAUUGCUUGAUAUUUUACAGCAGUUGGAAGAGCAAGAGGAAAAUGGCUGUCAAAUUGAUUUGGACAGUACACUUGCACCACUAACUCAGGCACAUAAAAAAUUUGAUCCAUCGCCAGAUUUGCUGGACAAGCAAGUGAAGUCUGCAGCUUUAAGUCAACCAAUGCCGGAAAGUGAUUCCGAUUCAGAUACAUGUGAUAACGGCAAUCUUCAUGAUUUCUCCAUUGUUUUGGAGGACUUGGAUGAAUUUAUAUUAAAAUUCACGCCUACCCAACCAACAGAAGAAAAUGAUGGUAAAACAGAUCUACCGCAAAUGGACGGCUCAGACGAUUUGUUGCCGAAAACUCCGACUAAGUCUGGACAUUUUCCAAAAUCGGAAAUAAAUAGAAAUAGAGUAACGUCGCCACGCACUCCUGGAACAUCUGGUACCAACAUUUCACCAAAGCGUUCACCAAGAACGCCAAAGUCCAGUGCAAGCAAAAAAUAUGCGCCGUUACCGCUGAAAAUCACUUGUAAAAAACAAGAAAAGAGCACACCUCAUAUUAAUGAAAUAACACCAAUGCGAAAUUCAGCUUUGAGAAAUUUAGAUCUCGGUUCCAGCAACACGCGAAGUACAAAAAUGUCGUUAAGUAAAAAAUUGGCAUUAACCGCAUUGCGGCGAAAGAGUGUUGAAUGGAGUCCAAGCACUUUGAACGAAAAAAUAUUGAUUUCCACAAAAUCGGCCGAGAAAACCAAAGAGAAACGCACACCUCUACGCCGCUCAAGAAGAACAGCGGACUUAGAAACAACACAUAUUACGUGUGAACUUACGCCUCGUAGAAAGAGCGGAAGGAUAUUAAAGGUUUACAGCAUUGAAGAGAAAGAAAAAGAAGCAACUGAUCGGAAUAAGAAAACUGAGCAUGGCGCAUCAACUCUUGCUUCGAUCAAUCAAAUCGCUAGCAAAGACGAAGGAUCUUUGAAUAAAGAAAUUGAUUUCCAAUGUGGCAAAAAAGUUCACAUAGAGGCGAAAAAUACUACGAGAGAUCAUCAACCGGCAGUUUCCAAGACUAUCUUGAAAAGUCAAGAACCAAAAACUCGAAAAUGUGUAGUAAAAAUUAGCAAGAAAUCAAUGUCAAGCAGGGGCGCCAAUUGUCUAAAAGCAUACGAAUCAACAAGCAAACAAACUGGCAAUAGAGAUAAAAGUCCUACUGCAGCAAGUAAGGAAGAGAACCCUACAGAAGAGGAAAGCAAUGGUGAAAUUGAUUCAAAUCGUCAAGGCAAUUUAACGGAAAUGCCCCAAAUAUCGAGCAACAAUAACUCAAUCGCAGAUCCUGACUCAAGUGAAAGUGAUGAAAUUGCAGCCUCAGACACCGAAGAUGCCUCUACUACUAUUUCUGCAAAACGUCAGCGCCGCAGUUUUCAUUUAAUGCAACACAAGAGACCACUAAAAAUUUUCAACACUCAAACGCAGAACUCAAAUGGUCCAACUGCCAACGCAAUCGAGCCCGAUAAAUCACCAAAAGAAGCUCUAAAUAUUGCGGAUGAUGAUUGUGCGGACUUAGAUGAUUUGCAUAUACAAAGUUUUUAUGACGCUUCAUUCACGGAAGGCCUAAGCAGUCCACUAAAUCGUGAUGAUAAUCCGAGUCCAAUCGCGAUUAGCAAUCAGCAAGAUGUUCUUUCUGCACAAUUAAUUACAGAAGACUCCAAUGGUUCGGUUCGGUGUUUUCAAUCGCUCGGUAGGCCGCAAAAUUCACAUACCGAAGCCAUUUUAAGUACAAAAAGUAAUAUAUCAACUCCGAAUUCUGAGUCUGCAUCAUCUUCGUCUAACGGUAUAGUACAAAUAACACCAUUCAACCUGCCACCCACUUAUGACGAAGUUUUGGCGAGUUGUGUAAAACUCGAUAUUCCCGAGUACGAAUUUCAAAAGCCUUUCUAUGGAAAUCCGUGUGAUGUAACCCGAAUGAAGGAAGUGGGACAUAUUGUUUUACAGAUUCCAGGAAAUACACUCAAUGACUGUGAAGAAUUCCAAAGUGUGCUGGGCAAUGAAAUGAACGGUCUAACAGAGUGGCGCAGACGGAAAAUGUUGGCUAUUAGUGGUAAUUCAGAACUCAUCACACCAUCGCAACGCAAUGCUCAACGGAUCCGAGAGUGUUUUGCCGAACCAAAGCGAAUUACGAUAACACCCCAAAUAUGCCCUCCGACACGCCAUGAAGCCAAGUUGUGGCUAAAGGCGCGCCAGCUCUUGGGCAAUGGUGAGGCAUGUAGCGCGCAACGUAAAGUGAAUUUAGAUGAAAGCCCCAUAAAAGUGAGGCGUCAAAAGACCACGAUGAUACUGAAUGACGGUGCCAUCUGUGAUAAUGAUGACGACGCGCUGGACAACUCUAAUUACCUAACACUAACGCCACCCACACCGAUAGUUAAUACGAAGCCCGCAACGGCAACCAAGAAAGGUGAACUAGAAAAUACCAAUAAAAAUGCAAUUGAGCGAGUGAAGUCCCGCACAAAACGUGCAAAACUUUCAUUGAAUAAGAAACUAAAAGCCUGUGCCAGCCCACAGAGUACCUGGGUGUUAAACGAUGAUACCUUGCCUCCAUCUCAGCUUGAAAAAACUGCACAAAUAGACGGCAGUGGUAAAAUUAUGACAUCCAACGACUCGACCGUAUCAAGUGAAGCCGCACUAGAUGCCCUGAAACGUAGCUCCUUUAUUAAAAACUUACAUGGCAAGGCAUCUCCGUUCUCACAUGAACUUAGUUUUGGACUGAACACGGCUUCGUUGAAUAACACCUUCGGUUUUAAGGUGAAUUUGGAGAAUCUGCAACAAGCCAAAUCCGAUGUUGAGUGUAAUUAUUUAACAACUAUUGUACUGGAGUUAUUUGUACCCACACGGGGCAAUCUGUUGCCCGAUCCUGCGUUCGAUGAAGUGCGUUGUCUUUUCUAUGCCAUCGAACAUCGCUCACCAGCAGGGGCUGCAGAAGAUGCUAAAGGCUUGCCACAAAAUGCUUGCGGAUGCAUUAUUGUAAAGGACAGUGAUGAUGGAAGUGCUCAAGAGGAUUGCCGCAUGUUUGGAACGGGUGGCCACGAUGAUAUUGGCUUACGUUUCGUGCACACUGAAAUCGAAGCGUUCGAGGUACUCGUGGAGUUGAGUAAGCAUUGGGAUCCUGAUAUCUACGGUGGUUAUGAAAUUGAGACUGCAUCUUGGGGUUAUAUACUGGAGCGUGCGAAACAACUCGGCUUCAAUAUGGCGCCUCUGCUCUCACGUGUGCCGUCGCAAAAAGUGCGUGAGUAUGUCGAUGAGGACCGUGAGCAUUUUACUGAUUUGGAUAUCGAGUUAAAGCUUUGUGGUCGCAUACUUUUGGAUGUCUGGCGUUUGAUGCGUUCGGAAAUCGCGCUCACCUCCUACACCUUCGAAAAUGUUAUGUACCAUAUUCUACAUAAACGCUGUCCCGCACACAGUCAUCAAGCACUCACUGCGUGGUUCGAGGUACCCUACACACGUUGGAUUGUGAUUGAGUAUUACAUUGAGCGGGUGCGGGGCACGCUUGCGCUACUGGAGCAGCUGGAUCUGAUUGGCCGUACCAGCGAAAUGGCAAAGUUAAUAGGCAUUCAAUUCUAUGAAGUUCUCUCACGUGGCUCCCAAUUUCGUGUGGAAAGUAUGAUGUUGAGAAUAGCCAAGCCGCGCAAUCUGGUUCCUGUUUCGCCGAGCGUUCAACAGCGCGCACAUAUGCGUGCCCCCGAAUAUUUACCGCUUAUUUUAGAACCGCAGUCGCGUUUCUAUUCUGACCCCGUUAUAGUACUGGAUUUCCAAAGUCUGUACCCGAGCAUGAUCAUAGCCUACAACUACUGUUUUUCUACUUGCUUGGGGCGUGUAGAGCAUUUGGGACAUUCCAGUCCAUUUGAAUUCGGUGCAUCCCAGUUGCGGGUCUCGCCCUCAUUAUUGCGCCGCUUGAUAGAUGACGACCUCAUAACCAUAUCCCCAUGCGGUGUUGUCUUCGUGAAAUCCUCGGUGCGCGAGGGUAUAUUGCCGCGCAUGCUCAGCGAAAUUCUAAAUACACGUCAAAUGGUUAAGCAGUCCAUGAAGUUGGACAAAACGAACUCGGCACUGCAACGUGUACUCCACUCACGUCAACUUGGCCUGAAACUUAUGGCGAAUGUGACCUAUGGCUACACUGCGGCGAAUUUCAGUGGACGCAUGCCGGCUGUGGAAGUCGGAGAUUCGGUCGUCGCGAAAGGUCGUGAAACGUUGGAGCGUGCUAUACGCAUGGUCGAAUCAAAUGAGAAGUGGCGCGCGCGGGUUGUUUACGGUGACACGGACUCUAUGUUUGUACAGAUUCCUGGGCGAAAUCGCGAUCAAGCGUUUAAAAUAGGUGAGGAAAUAGCAGCGGCGGUGACCAGAGACAAUCCACAGCCGGUUAAAUUGAAACUUGAAAAGGUAUAUCAGCCCUGCAUACUGCAAACCAAAAAGCGUUACGUUGGUUAUAUGUAUGAAACGGCUGAUCAAGCGGAGCCAGUGUAUGAGGCGAAGGGCAUUGAGACGGUGCGACGGGAUGGCUGUCCGGCAGUUGCAAAAAUGCUGGAGAAAGUAUUGCGCAUCCUAUUCGAAACUACGGAUGUGAGCCAAAUCAAGCAAUACGUCUGUCGUCAAUUCAGUAAACUUCUCGCUGGACGCGCCAAUUUACAGGAUUUAAUAUUCGCAAAGGAGUUUCGUGGGUUGAAGGGUUACAAGCCAACGGCGUGCGUGCCAGCUUUAGAGUUAACGAGACGUUGGAUACAAACUGAUCCGCGUCGUAUACCGCGCUGCGGUGAACGCGUGCCAUUCAUAAUUGUCAAUGGACCGCCCGGGUUGCCAUUAAUUCGGCUCGUACGUAGUCCGCAUGAAGUUCUCGCAGAUGAAGGCUUGAAAAUCAAUGCGAUCUAUUAUAUAACCAAAGCAAUUAUACCACCACUUAAUCGCUGCUUACUGCUGAUCGGCGCUGAUGUGAAUGAGUGGUUCGCCAAUUUGCCUCGCAAAAUAUUACUCGUGCCACCAGUUUCCACAGCCAACAAACUUGCAUUCACCAUUGACUCUGCGUAUCACUCGAAGAAGAGCACAAUUUCGCAAUAUUUCUCUGCAACAAAUUGCAUUGUCGAUUGUGGGCGGCAGACGAAACAAGGCAUCUGCGAGGAUUGUGGACGCCAACCGCAACGCACCUUCGUGACGUUGUAUGGGAAAAUGGCGAAAAUCGAGCGGGGCUACCAGUUGGUGCAGCAGAUAUGCCAAGCGUGCUGUGGGCGUGUGGGAGAGAUUAAUUGCUGCUCGUUAGAUUGUCCGGUGUUGUAUAUGACCGAAGUGAAGCGACGUGAUUUGCAGCAACUGGAGCAUAUGCGCAAACUGCUUGCCGAGCGAUUUUAACCUUGAGCAGUUGUCGUUUAUUUAUUAGCUAAGAGAAAAACCUCUGCUGCAUGAGAAACCAAAUAAGUUUUAAUAUCACAGUAAAUUGUAUUAUAAUUUAAGUGAAAAAUAUAGUUCAAUUCGAUGUUUUAAUGUUACAGUUAGAAAAAUUGAAACUCUGGAAGUAGGACAUUCCAACGUUUCGCAGAUGGGAUUUAGGUUUUCAAAAUAUUUAUGCCUAAAAGUAUACUUCAACUAUUUCUAUUAUUACUAUUAUGUUUAUUAAAGAAGCUGUAAUAAAACCCGAUUGAACACGCAGUAUCUCCGAUAUAAAACCGUUUUUCAUUUUGAAUGGCUUUUCCAAGGAA